UUGUGCACUUUUUUCCUUCUCCUCCCACCGAUAUAUAUUCCUUUCUCUUUCUCUCUCUCAGUACACCACACAAGAACGAUCGCUCUCCAAUUCUUGGGAGACCCAUUCCCUUGAUCUCUCCAACCAUUUCAUUACACGAUCCCUCUCUCUCAUUACACCGCAAAACAACAAUCUCUCUCGAAUUCUUGAGGAUCCCUUUCCCUAAUCUCUCCAACCAUUUCACUACAUACUCUCUCUCUCUCUCUCUAGAACAUAAAUCCAUUUCUUGAUCUCAUGGCAGACACUAGCCAUGGAGGCCAAGACUCAAAAGGGAUCAAGCUCUUUGGAGCAACAAUCACUUUGCAAGGAUUUAAAGAUCAACAAGUCAAGACGGAAGCCCCAAUUAGCACAAAAACAACAACAACAACAACAACUACAACCAGAAACCAAGAAGCGCUAGCAGAGGCAAUGAAGAGGCCAGACAAGAUCAUACCAUGCCCGAGAUGCAAGAGCAUGGAGACCAAAUUUUGCUACUUCAACAACUACAAUGUAAACCAGCCCAGGCAUUUCUGCAAAGGUUGCCAGAGGUACUGGACUGCCGGCGGGGCCCUGAGGAAUGUCCCUGUCGGGGCCGGCCGCCGGAAAAGUAAGCCACCAUGCCAGGGAGUGGCCGGGUUCCCAGAGAGUUGCUCUUUUGAAGGGUCAGAGGUAAACCAUCAUCAAUACUAUGAUUUGGACUAUGGGGUGGUGGAGAAUUGGCACCAGUUGAUUCCACAAGGCACUUUCCAACAUGUUGUUAGGGUCAAGAGGAGGAGGAAUGGUGAUCAAAGCUAUUGAUAGUUUUGAUACUUUUUAAUCUUCUUUAUCUGUUUUCCUAUUUUGUUUCAGUGGAUAUCAAGAUUUUGAAGAGGGUAUAAUCAACAUGACCUCUGUGGCGGUGGGGUGUGAAAUUUGGUAGAUGAUGUACAGGCUGGACUUUUUUCUGCCGGUAGAUAGAUGGAUAAGAACUA